CCUAUAUUACUUCUAAAUAAUGUUAUGUAAAUUAUGUAAUAAUCUCGAUAACAUUAUAAGUGGACCUCAGAGAACAGCACAGUUAAAUUAAGUCAAAUGAUCUCAGAAAAAAAAAAGUAGUGAUCUGCCUCAAUGUUAUGUUUUUGUUAAAUAGUAGUAGGGCAUUCAACAUGAGAUCUAUGAACUAUUCUGACUAUGCAUGUGAUAUUAUGUUCAAUUACAUGAUCAGUUUGGAUUUUUCAUUUGUAUUUUUUUAGAGUUUGAGCUUCUGUAUUAAUUUAAAUUAUAUACUGUUUAAAAAAUUUAUUAAUCAUGGUUUCACUACAAAUGCUAUUCAUUAAAUUGUUCAUCAAACAAUCCUCCAUUUGUACCAAUGACAGCAGACCAUAUACGUUCUAGUAUUGAGUUUAUUAAGCUAUUGAGGUGAAGGUCCAUCCCAUGCAUUCUGCAGCAUAUUUUGUAAUAUACACAAAGAGGGAAAUUUGAACAAUUAAUACAACCCACUCUCUCUCACAUCUGCAAACAUGACCACAUCCAUGGACAGCAUUUAUUAUUUUUCCCUCUUAGCUUUGAAAUCAAGAUGAGAAAAAGCACAUCUGUUUUUAAUUGUGAUAAAUAAUUUAGAUGUCACUUUAGAAGUUAGCAAAUAUGACCUACUGUACCUGAGAUCUCUGUGUAUGUAAUCUUACCUGAUGUGGAUUAGAUGUUUUGACUGUAUUGUGUUCCACUUGAUUUCAUGAAUUUUAGCUCGAUAACAAAUUGGUGAAUUAACCGCCACAAAUGGUUCUGUAUGGAUUAAGUUUGAUUUUUAAAAAUGGAACAAAGGGUCAAAAUAUCAACUCUGAACUCUUUUGUUAUUUUCCAUUUAAUGAAUGUAAUUAAAAUGUGAAGUGGUAGCUUAUUUUGUGGAUAAAGAAGACAUACCUAACUGUAGUCUCUGUACAACAGUAUCAUUUCAUAUAACUGGAGCAAUUCAAUGGUACCCAAAUGCAAAGCAGACAGUUUGGAAUAUGUAGACACUACCAUUUUCAAAGUAACUCAUGGUCAUUUCUCUGUUGAAGACAUGGUCAAUGUGUAGAUAUUGCGGUAAAGCAAAAAUAGCUACGACAAAGAAAAAUGAAAACAUAAAGGAGCAUAAUUUACAGAAGAGCAAUUAAAUGACUUGGUAAAUGUAUUUUAGAGCAGACAGAUGUUCACAGAAAUUCACAGCCCCUGUUUUUAUUGGAAGAAGAAUACAGAAGUACUAUUAAUAGCUAAAAGAUUGUCUGCCUCUUUUUCUUUCAUAGUUUUUUUUUAACAACACUAAGCUUGCAAAAUCAAAUAUGUACUUGCAAAUUCAUCAGUGACAAAAAGUGUCAGCUCCACUGCUGAUCGGCUUCAUUUCCUUCCUGAGCCAAAAACUGCUACGUCUUGGCCCCUGCAGCCAUGUCAGUCCCACUGCUAGACAGUCAUUGGUUCCUUUUUUGUAGGUUAGUCGCUCUCUUUCUCUCUGUCUCUCUUUCUCUCUUUAGAAAGCACUGUUCUUCUGGCAACUGAUGGAACAAACAAGUGAGAGUCAGUAAGUCGAUUUUAUUGUUGUGUUUUUUAUAAAGAAGAUAUCUUGCUUGAAGAGGAUGUGAUAAAUUGGGGAGAAUGAAAGUCCAUCUAAAGAUUCUCUCUGUUUUUAUAGUUUUGCCCAGUGUGUUGAUGAAGUCUGGACCUGUUUAUGUGAGUACAGAGGGUGAAACGGUGAAGAUCAUCUGUGAAUAUCCAGAUGGCCAUAUAAAUACACCCAAGUACUUUUGCCGUCAUCCCUGUACUUCAUCUAAGCAUGUUUUGAUUAAAACUGUAAAGCCUGAUCAGGCCUUAUCAGAUGGAAGAUACUCUAUAAUUGAUUCUGUAAAUGGACGGUCCUUUACUGUAACCAUCAAACAUCUCAGACUCACAGACUCUGGUGUUUAUUACUGUGGACUUGAUCAAUGGUUCAAAGACACACUGAAGAAAGUUAAUAUAUCUGUUCAUCAAGCAGCUCCCGGGAGCAGAUCUACACACACUCCUGAAAACACACAUAUAACAUCUACAUGGACAACAACACUCACCUCAACAGAUAUAUCCUAUUCAAAUGAGCAAUUCUCUGCAACAUCGCCAGCUGUCCAAUCAAAGGGAUCUACACUACUGGUCAGUGUGCCUGUAGUUUGUGCAGGUUUUCUGGUGCUGCUGGUGUUCGGGGUUCUUGUGGCGUUAGUGUCUCUCUGCAGGAAAAGAUCAGAUUUAAAGUCCAAAUGUCUGAAACCACCUGUCCCUGAAAAUCCAGUUCAAGAUUCACCAAAUCUCAACCGGGUCUCUCAGACUGCAGAUAAUGUCAACCACCUCUAUGAUGAAAUUGUAACUGAGUACAGUCUGGUUGGUCUAGCUAGAGAUGGUGAUUCUACUGUAAUAUAUUCCACUGUGCAGCAUUGUGAUCCUGCACCUCAGAAUGUUGAGAACGAUUUGUAUUCACUUAUCAUGCAAUACUGAGGAUAAAUGACUAGAUCAGUGUCAUUCUUUCCCCGAAAAUGUGACUUUUAAAACCCUGUUGACAUGAAAUGAUGCAUACGGUCAGUUUGCUAAAAAAAAAAAAAACACCUGCAAACAUCCUGCUGUCAUAAAAUCUAAUAAAUAUGUAAAAAUAUA